AUGACCUCCGCACGCGUUCUCUGCCUCUUCGCAUUGCUCGUUGCUAUCACCGCUGAUGCAAACUGCCACAAUCAUGCAGCUCCCCCCGUCAUUCCUAAGGUGGCUGUCGCCGAGCCGGAGGUGAAUCAGGCAUCAGAGUCAACUGCUACAGAGAACUUCGCGAGUGCGCCACCACAAAGUUGUGCUGCCGAUGCUGUCCAAUUCAUUCUGCCGGCUGAUCCAUCCAUGACACUGAACUGCUGCGCAGCGCCUCAGAAGGUCACUUGGCUUGACGAAGCUACCAAAAUCGGACAGUGCUGCGACGCUGAUAAAUCCUGGUCCGGAGACAAGACCACUGGCAUCGGAGGGUGCUGCGACGAAGACAAGCAUUGGUCGCAAGAUGAAGCUUCGGGCUUGGGAAAGUGUUGUGCGCCGGGUCAUGAGUUCGCGGGGGAUAAAGCAAGGGGUGUUGGAUCGUGCUGCCCGAAUGGCUACCGCUGGAGUGCUGGCCGAUGCAAGCGCGUACCGCAGGGCCAGGCUGCGCCUCAGCUUCGCAACCAGGCUUCUGCAGGUGAACUCUGA